AUGGAAGCCACACUUACAGAGGUCGAAUUAAAGCAGCUGUUGCAGUUUUUGCCUUUAUUAAGAACUUAUGGAAAUUCUGGCUCCAGUUCUAAUGCUGCCACUUGUCAUAAUGUGCAGGCUGUGGAAAAAAAUAUGCCUCAGACAACUGCCAUUUCAAUGAACAUUGUGACUGAAAAAAGUGAUAUGACAGAAACUAUGCCAGAGGAAAGUGUUUUAUUUGAAGUUGAAUGUGAGAAUACUUGUGAGGCCAUUUAUAACAAAGAGGAGAACUCAUCUAUAAAUAUGAGAAAAGACUCAUCAAGUGAUCUUUCAGAAGAAGACACACAACUACAGUCUAAAUAUGAUCAGAAUCGCAAGAGAAUGACAAAAUUCUCAGAUGAAGAGUUAGAGGUAUUAAUUCGUGAAGUACAUUAUACCUUAUCAUCUUCUUUACAGAUUUCGGAAAAAUAUGACCUACUUUAUGGAUCAUUAGCUUCAAAAAUCUCAAAUCAAAGAAAAAAACAGAUAUGGGAAAAUAUAAAAAACAAAGUUAGUUCUGUAGGAGUGGGUCCAAGAACAGUCAUUCAGCUGAAGAAACGAUGGUUGGAUAUUAGACGGCGUACCAAAGAUAAACUGAGUGAUAUAGAGAAAAAAAGAUCAAAAACUGGUGGUGGAGAUGAGAAGGUUACAUCACUGAAUCAAUUUGAAGCCCAAGUUCAAGGGACAAUACCUGAAUUAUUAAUUAAAGGUGACUCCAAGUUUGAUAGUAGUGACGUGCAAUCAGUCCGUGAAUAUGCAACUGUAGAAAACAGCAUCAAUGACUUCAUAGAUCUAAGCGAUACAGAAGAUUUUGCAACUUCAUCUAAAAGUCAAAUGUCGAAACCUUCACUUUAUGUAGAUAAUUCAAAGAAAGACAUUCAAAAUGAGCUGCUCAAAAUAUGUCAAGAAGGUAGACCUGCUCAGGAAGAGUGUUUAAAUGUUCUGAAACAAAUACUAUCUGUGUCAAAUGCACAGCUUGAGAUAACAAAAGAAAACAAUGGGUUUUUACAAACAAUCAAUAAAGGUAUAAAAACCAUAGAGUCGGCAUUAGUAGGUUACCUUAAAAUGGAAAGGCAACUAGUGUUCACAGUUGAAACUGACUCAACUGAUUAUAUUAUCGAUAAUCCAACCAAUACAUUCGAGCAACACAUAGGAGAUUUGCCCAGUGAUACAGUUAAUGUGAAUGAAAGCAAGCCUCAAUCUCCAUUAUUGGCACUUGAUUCCAACAGUCAUACAGAUGAAAAUGUAGCUAUAACUGACAACAGUGUCAGCCAACAGAAUGAUGUUUAUAAUGAUAGUUUUAUUGACCAAUGCUCCACAAUUGUCAAAGAGGUUUUGACAAUAGAAACAGCACCUCCCAGGCGUUCAUACCGAAAAAGGAAGUCUAACAACAUUUUAUCAGUGGGUCCAAAAAAAAAAAAAAAUAUUAAAAAUUGGGAAGGUAUACAUUUUUGUUGUCUUCACUUUUAAAGUUACAUGCCCAAUAUAAAAACUAUAGGUUUACUUACAAAUAUGACAGACAAGUAUGGUGUUUGUUCUUUUCAAAGCAUAUGCAUUGCUCUCUUUAAAUAAGUUUAUGAGCUUCUCUGUUACAUUGUUAAUUUGUUUUUAGAUAGUUCACUAGAAAUGGACAGUUUUUCACGUUUUAAAGGGGUGGUUCACCUUCCAAACACUUUCUUUUCUCAAUUCAGUUGUUUUAGAUUGUUCCC